AUGGCUUUCGUGCGUUUCCUGGUCGUUCUGCUUUCCGCCUCCGCCGCGCUCUCGUCCAUACCUUCCGCGCGCGCGCAGCCCUCGUGUCCGCGCCCGCCGACGGUGGCGCAAGUGAACCUCUCCGCGUACGCGGGGCGGUGGUUCGAGAUCGGCACGAGCGCGCGCUUCAAGCUGCAGCGGGAAAACGGCCUCGUGUGCAACCAGGCGCGCUACACGUUCAGCGCGGGGAGCGGGGGGAGCGCGGGUGGCGCCGACGCGGGGACGAGCGGCGUCAGUAUCAGGGUGGAGAAUUCGGGGCGACUGGUAGCGUCGCCCGCUGUGUUGCAGAGCAUGGGCAGUGUCGCUGGGAAUAGCCGAGACGCGUGCAUUGCCCUGGCGAACGUGUCCUCUGCUGCGGCCUCUGCUCUGGAGCUGCUCCAGUCACAGCCACAAGCUGCUGCUGCCUGCUCACAGGCCAACAUCACAAACGAGUUUCUCAAUAUCGAGGCGUCAGCGCGCAGCAUCUCCGCGUCCAUCGCCGCCAUGGCUACCCUCGCAGCGCGCAUCUCCCAACUCGACUUCCACAACGCGUCUCUCAACCUCCUCUCCAACCAGCUGCUCCUGUAUGCAUCCGCAUCCGCGGAUAAGGCCGGCCAGAUAGCAUCCGCUGCAGCAACUAUUCAGAAUGCUACUAGCGCAAACUGUGACAGCUCUGUGUCAACAGCAGCAGCGAGUAUCCUCGCAUCUGCGAAUGCUCUUCGGGAUGCGUUGAACCGGGUGGGAGCAGCAGUGGCUCCUUUCGCUGGAUCUGACAUUCUCUCUAUUUCCUUGGCUUCCGUCGCCAGCGUUCCUCUUCCCUUCGGCGGGAUCCCAACCUCGGUGUUUGGCCAGGCUGUCCCCAGUACUAGCGACCCCGCUAAGCUCACAGUCACCUUCGAUCUUUUCCCUAGUACCUCUACCGAGCCCAACUACUGGAUACUCGCGCUGGAUGGGAGCGAGGCGGAAGGUUAUUUCUCCGCGCUGGUGUUCUCGUGCACGGAACCCCAGGGAUUGGAUCCUACCCCGCGCAUGGACGUGUUUAUGAUCUCUAGGUCGCCUGAUAUGCCCGAAGACGAGUUGCAGGAGAUGCUGGGGGUUCUGUCUGGGUACGGAGUGGGUCUAGGCUGCGAUAACCCGUUUGUGCGCACCGUGCAGGACCGUGCUAGGUGCGGCUAUUAG